AUUUCAUGAAUAAUCAAGGUGACUGAAUUUUGUGGCGGAAACUGUAAUAUGAUUCUGCUUAUCUCGGUUUAAGAUGGUCAGUGAUAGUGAGGAAGAAGAUACAGUGGUGAAGAUUGGGAAUGUACUGCAGGAAAUUGAUGAGGAGAACUGGAUUACCAUGGGUGGGGUCGAUGAUAGAUCUGCUUGUACAUUUAUAAGGGGAUAUGUAAAACGACAGGCGCUUUACACUUGUCAUACAUGUUUAAACGUAGACGAAGUAAAAGCUGCGAUUUGUUUUCCUUGUGCGAUUGAGUGUCAUUCUGACCAUGAUAUAGUUGAGCUAUACACCAAACGAUAUUUCAGAUGCGACUGUGGAAACUCAAAAUUUGCUGGUGUUUGUAACUGUCUAUUGUGGGAGGUAAUACAAAUCUAGUACUAAAUUUCAAAGGAUAAGGACGAUGAAAAUGAUUUGAACCGGUACGAUGACAAUUUUUCUAACCGAUAUUGCACGUGUCAACGUCCGUAUCCAGACCCGGAUUAUGACGGUGUUGAAGAAAUGAUUCAGUGUGGCAUAUGCGAAAACUGGUUUCACUUGGAGGUAACCUGAUUAUGACUUCCUAAAUUAUCUUAGCAUCUCAACAUGGAUAAAGAAUUCGAACCACCCGAAGAUUAUAACGAGAUGACCUGUUUUAUGUGCGUUAAAAAGUACGCGUUUCUAUUUAUGUAUGCAUAUAACACUGAGGAGACGUUCCGGCAAUCUUUUACAAAGAGUAACAGCUUGACUGAGUUUAUUUAUACUCCAGAUUCUAAAAGGUUGAGGAAAACCGUAAAUGAAGGUACGACUCAUCCGGAAGACAGUUCUUAUUGUCGUUUGUCCAUGUGGGCUAGUAAAAUGAAACAAUACGUGCCUGAGUUCUUCUGUUCGUCUCUUGAUAACUUGGACAACCUCGACCCCAAUCUAGUACCAUCAGUGUUUUGGAUCUCUGAUUGGAGAAGCUUCCUUUGUCGAUGCGAAACCUGCAAGGAAAUGUACAAGCACCUUAAUGUCGAAUUUCUAUUGGAUCCUGAAGACUCAGUAUCCCAUUACAUGCAACUGGGAAAACAGAGGACUAAAUCAAUUAACGAGGAGGAGAAACGCACACUAAAUGAGGCUCUUGCAGAGUUGCCGCAUCCUGCAGCAGUAAAUUUUGCAACGGGUAACUGUCAUAAUGCGGAUUUAUCACGUGAUAUAUAAUUAUGAACUUAUAAGUAGAAAUAAUAGGAACACCUUAUAGAUAUACGCUGAUUAUUUCGUUCAUAUUCCUCGUAAAUAAUUGUUAAAUUCAAUACGGGUUACUUCAUGCUUGAUAUUAUAAUGUUAAUCUAAAACGCCAAAUCAGUAAACCUCUGACAUACUUUGAACAGAUAAAAAACAAAUAAAGCAUACAUGAGAGUUUAUAAGCUCCCAAUAAACAAUACUCCCUGCGUACUUGCUCGCAAAAUUUGUGAUGACAACGUCGGAAUACUAAAAACUCGAGAGGUAUCUACAAUGUUUUCUGGCUCCUGUGCAUCAACGUGUUUUUCUCACGUUUUCAUGUGUCUAUACAUCAUAAAGGUUUUAAUAAGUGUCCUAAAACGAAAACAACAUACAUUUGUCAAGAGAAACAGGGUUUACGCUAGAAUCAAGCAGAGUUAGGACGAGUUCGUCGCAGUUACUGACUUACAUGGUCUUUAUUGUACAAGGUAAUAACUUAUGGAAUGUUCGUUAUAAUACUGAGUGAACAAAAAGUGUUGUAUUAGUAUUUAUUAAGCAAGGACCUGUAAAAAUAUCUCGUGGCUUUUGUAGUAGACGUAUAUCACUAAAUUCAAAGUGUAUUUUCUUGUGAGUUAUUUCAUUUAGGUAUAAAUUAUGGUUAGAUUAUUGAUUUACGUCAACUUUGUUACCAUAAGUUUGCGGAUAUUCAGUGUAUACAGUAUAAAUGUUUGGGUAAAAAACAAUCCAUUACUUAGUGUCUAGGUUUAUAUAGCAGCGCUAGACGACACACUAUUGCUCCCAAAUAAAUAGUAAACUACCAAUAAAGCGUAAGAGUAUAAUAACAUCUUUAGAUCCUAUUCGUACGUUACAACAUUCUAAGUAAAUAUAACUAUCUAUCCGGAAAUAGGUCUCUACUUUGUGAUGUGAACAUCCAUACCCAGAAAACCUAGGUUAAAUGAUGUCAACAAUCAGAUUAUUGUACCUGAAGAGAUAAAUGGUAUCAAUCCCACUUAAAUAGACCUAACAAGCUCUGUAAUUGAAUACACUGACUGUCAUUAGCAUAUUUUCCACAACUAAUAAAGUAUACUUUUAAUGUAGGAUUCGUACGACUGAAAGAGGCUCUGGAAGAAUUUUUCACCAAGAAGAGAGAUAAAAACCACAUUGUAACAGAAUCAGAAGUAAAAGCUUUUUUCGAAGACUUUCGGAAGCGCAGUCAAUCGUAACUACAUUUGACUGAAUAAAUUUCAAUUAAUUUAUUUCCUGGAUUUAUAAUAUAUUCAACCUUGACUGUAAUUAAAUUCCACUCUGAUUAGUGCUCAUCGAUGUCUAUAUUUUGCUGAUAAUCUCUAGUUUUCUUUCCAAUACA